AUGUUAAUCCUCAUCCUUUUUUUAACUUUGCUGUGUGGUUCGAUACACGCAUUGUAUUUCCAUAUCGCUGAAACUGAGCGGAAGUGUUUCAUCGAGGAGAUACCCGAUGAAACAACUGUGAUUGGUAAUUAUAAAGUGAUGUUAUACGAUCCGAACACGAAAGGUUAUGGUGAAUAUCCGAAGAUUGGAAUGCAUGUUGAAGUUAAAGAUCCCGAAGAUAAGAUUAUCUUAUCAAAAUUAUAUACCAGUGAAGGACGAUUUACAUUUACCUCCCACUCACCUGGUGAACAUUUCAUCUGUUUAUAUUCGAAUUCAUCCUCUUGGUUUAGUGGUGCACAGCUGCGGGUGUAUCUUGACAUUCAGACUGGUGAACACACACAGGACUACGAGCAGGUAGCUGCAAAAGAUAAACUGAACGAGUUACAACUUCGAAUCAGGCAGUUACUUGAUCAAGUUGAGCAGAUUUCCAAGGAACAGAACUAUCAGCGGUACAGGGAAGAACGUUUCCGACAAACAAGUGAAAACACGAACUCACGAGUGUUAUGGUGGUCCAUUGCACAAACAAUAGUACUGUUAUUAACCGGAGCUUGGCAAAUGCGUCAUUUGAAGGGAUUCUUUGAAGCUAAAAAACUCCCGAGAUCUGAGGAUUGGAAGGAUGAAGCAUUGUUGGCAAUUAACGCUCAAAAUGGAAAAUUGUUUGCAGAAGUACUAAUGUUUAUUCCAAAAUGGAUGAAAGCAAGAGUUUCAAAGGGAUGGGUAGCAGUAAUUUCUGCAUGUGCAGGUGUUAGUGGUGCAUACUACAGUUACUUUCAUGGCAAACCAUACGAUAAUUAUAAAUUUGAACAUGAUUUGGCUAAUAAAACAUAUAUCGUUGUGGGUGCUUCUUCUGGCAUUGGCAAAGAAACAGCCAAAGAAUUGGCAAUGCGAAAAGCGAAAGUAAUUAUGGCUUGUAGGAAUAAUCGGAAAUGCAUUGAAGCUCGUCGAAACUUAGUAAUAGCAACGAGAAAUAUGGAUAUUUAUUGUAGACGUUUAAAUUUGGAAGACUUUGAUUCAGUACGAGACUUUGUCCUCAAACUUGACACAGGUAAAGGCAAAAUCGAGAAAAUCGAUGGUAUAAUGUACAGUGCUGCUACUGCAGAAUCUACUCGGCAAACGAAUAAGCACCACAUUGAGCGUACAUUUGCAACGAAUCAUUUGGGACCAUUUUUAUUAACAUCAUUAUUGUAUGAUCGAUUGAGGAAGCAGUCAAGUCCGGUUCGCCUCGUGUUUUUGAAUACUUCGGAUUUGAAAUUAAGUGAGUUAAAUUUUGAUGACUUAAAUUCAACAGACUUAACGAAGUGGCAAAAAUCUCCCGAGAAAGCGAAGAAAGAUGCUUAUGAUCAAAGUAAACUUGCUUUGACUCUUUUUGUGAAGUCACUUUCAAGAAAGGUCAAAGAUACGAAUUUACGAGUUACGAUGGUUGACCCAGGUGUUACGAAAACCAAUCUGUUUUAUCAUUUGGAAGCAGCCGAUAACCGAAUAUUUUUUGUACGAUGGUAUAAGUCUCUAAAAAGAUGGGUUUAUGGACUCGUUGCUGCACAGUCGAUAAGCGAUGCCACUCGUCCCGUAUUAUAUGCACUUGCAGACAAAAAGAUGGAGGGCGUGAACGGAAUUUUCAUCAACUCAGUUAGAACCGAACUGCCAUGGCACGAGCUAGCAUCGGAUGAGAAAGUUCUCAAUAAGCUAUGGUUAACAAGUGCUAAAUGGACAGAAACGGGUUUUCAUCUACAGCGUCUUCAACAAGACUUAAAGAAACCAAAAUCUCAGGAAACAGGUGCAAAACAAGAGCUAAAAGCUGGAACGGGUUGUUCUUACCUUCAGCAAGCAAUAGAACCCCAAUUCAUGUUGCGACGUGUCAUUUCUGUGUACAGUCGUAGGCUACUGAAUCAGCCAAGUGGUAAAAGGUUACUACUGCUCAACAAUCUACGUACGCAAUGCCAAGGAUAUUUUACUGUUCCACAGUUACUAAUGCAACGAAACUGGUCGUUUUAUUACUUUGAUGGUGUUGGACGAUUGCAUACGAGCCAGUCAUGUUGCGCUGAUAUCAUAGAAGUGGAAGGACCUGCUUUCGCGGAAUCGAUUUCUGAAGGGGAUAUAAGAUGGUUGAAACAAAAAGGUGACUUUAUCAAUCGAGAUGACUUGGUUGCUGAAAUAGAGACUGAUAAGACAACCGUAGAAGUGCCAGCCCCACAGUCAGGAACAAUAGUUGAACUUCUAAUAGAGGAUGGUGGUCGAGUAACUGCCCAUCAGAAGCUGUAUAAACUAGAAGUUGGAGGAGAAGUAUCUGCUAGGAGUGCAGACGAGACAACGAAACCAGUGGAACAAAAAAGUACUCCUUCACCACCACCAAAGUCAGAAUCGAUGCAAACAUCAGAAGCACCACCUAGUCUAGGAAAAAAGCCAGUUGAUCCCCCAUCUCCAGCGAAAAUUGCAACUUCACCGCUUCCAUCGUUUUCUCAACCUAAACCGGAAUCUUCUACGGAGAAAAUUCCAUCAAUCACCAAUCAAAGUCUCUUUACCGGUUCAAGAAAUGAAACGCGUGUGAAAAUGAACCGAAUGCGUUUAAGAAUAGCACAACGAUUAAAGGAUGCUCAGAAUACUUAUGCUAUGCUUACCACCUUCAAUGAAGUAGACAUGAGCAAUGUAUUGGAAAUGAGAAAACGCUAUCAGAAAGAUUUCAUCGCAAAAUAUGGCAUUAAAAUCGGACUAAUGUCACCAUUUAUUCGAGCAUCUGCUUAUGCGCUACAGGAAUUUCCGACCGUUAACGCUGUGAUCGAUGAAGGUGAGAUACUAUAUCGACACUAUAUUGAUGUGUCAGUUGCAGUCGCUACACCAAAGGGUCUGGUAGUGCCGGUACUGCGUAAUGUUGAAACAAUGGAUUAUGCAGCCAUUGAGAAGACACUGAAUGAAUAUGCAAUUAAAGUAUUUUCCUACGGUAAACUUGCAAUCGAAGAUAUGGAAGGUGGAACAUUCACAAUCAGUAAUGGUGGCGUUUUUGGUUCAGUAUCUGGAACACCAAUCAUCAAUCCACCACAAUCAUCAAUUCUCGGAAUGCAUGGUGUCUUUGACCGACCGGUGGCAGUAGAUGGAAAAGUUGAAAUACGCCCUAUGAUGACCAUAGCGCUGACAUACGAUCAUAGGUUAAUUGAUGGUCGCGAAGCAGUUACUUUCUUGAGAAAGAUUAAAACUUCAGUUGAAGAUCCACGAACCAUUUUGCUAAAUUUGUAG